UUGAAGGAAGAUGGUACGAAACCAUCGCCAAGUUCAUGGGCGAGUAAACUAGCAGCAGCCGGGGAAAAAAUUGGCGAUGUCUUUGGAUACGGUGCUGAGGAUAAGGAUUAUCGAUUUGAAGAGGAGCCGAGUGGGGACUUUGACUAUCGACAAGGUGGAGGGCAUGUUGGACGAAGGCGCCGGCACUCUCCUUCACAGGACGAGUGGGAUCCUCGUGCUCCGAAGCGUCCAUAUGGUGGUCGAGGAUUCCGUGCAUUCCGACCAAAGCCGAGAUGGGCCACAGAGCAUCAGAUUUGCAAGUUUUUCCGUGAGGGCUACUGCAGAGAUGGUGAUAACUGUGCAUAUUCGCAUCAGGCUGAAGACUCACUUCGUCGGCCUGAGCUAUGCAAAUUUUAUCAGCAAGGAUUCUGUAAAAAGGGUCUCACCUGCCUUUUGUUACACGGCGAGUUCCCUUGCAAAGCAUUUCACAAGGGAGAGUGCAGCCGCGAUCCAUGUCACUUCAGUCAUGUGCCCCUAACGGACUAUACCCGUCCACUAUUCGAGCGAAUGUGCCAAGAAGACGAAAUGUACGCCAGCCGCGGGAUUGGCAAUCACCACAUACCACCAAUGAAACGUCGUGUUCUUCUNAUUCAUGCCCAAAUUCCCCAACAACCUACGAACGGUGGACCGCUAGCUCCACCUUCUGUCGUCGUACCUACUUUGGGUGGAGCUGUAGGACCUACUCCUCCUCCAUUUCCUGCUAUGCCUCCUAGAUUGCCGUAUUAUGCUCCCGCAGCAGCCGUGUCUUCGCCACGGUUUGACGAGAAAGGGCCAGCUGUUUCAACAGCAGCUCCAAUGUCUUCCCCAUCAGCAGCGAACGCUGUUCCUUCCGCUCAGUUCAAUAUUAGCCAAAUGUUAGCGCAAAUAGCUGGUGAUCCAAUAGUUGAUGAGGAAAGUCCAGCCAGUCCACCCAUGUGCAGCGGGUCUGGUGACGGCGCAAUGGUUCGACAAAUUCCAGAAGGCAAUGUCGUUGCAUGGCGCCUUAUAGAAGUGGACGCGCCACCUGCCUAUUCGGGCAUCAGUCCUGGAUUAUCAGUCACUAGUCAAGAUCCCAGAAUGAACCGGGUCAUUUCGUCACAAUUUGAUGCCGUUUCGUCGUUGAUAGCCGCUGCUCCACAAGCCGCUGCCGAAUCACCAGCCAGUCGGACGGACAUGAGGUUUCGAUCAGAAGAACGGCGGUCCAGCGAAGAAAGGCCGCGCGCCUCAUCAUGGAUGCCACAGAUGGCGUGA